CCAGUACACACAGCUGCUGCGCCACAUGUCGCCAAGUCAUUCGGAAGCAACACAAUGCAGCUUUUGCGCGUUCAUCCAGUCAAAUGUCGACUCGACUUUCUCAGCAUGCGAGUUGAUGAACCAGGGGAUCCUGGCGUUGGUCACCUCCACGGGCUGCGCCGCCGCCAGCGCCCUACAGUCCUUGACGGAUGCCAUGCACAUCCCGCAUCUGUUCAUCCAGAGGAACAGCGACGGCGUCCCGCGCACUGCCUGCCAGUUCAACCCUAGCCCGGACGACGAGAGCUACACUUUGGCCGCCCGGCCGCCCGUCCGCAUCAGCGACGUCCUGCUUACGCUCGUCUCCGAGCUGUACUGGCAGAAGUUCAUCGUUUUCUACGAAAGCGACUACGAUAUCCGCGGCUUACAGACCUUCAUGGACCAGGCCUCUCGACUGGGUCUGGAUGUGUCCCUGCAAAGGGUGGACCGCAACAUCAGCCGGGUGUUCAACGAUCUCUUCAGCACGCUGCGGACUGAGGAACUCAAUCGCUACCGGGACACUUUGCGGCGGGCCGUGCUGCUCAUGAGCCCUCGAGGAGCGCAGGUGUUCAUCCACCAGGCUGUGGAGACCAACCUGGCGUCCAAGGACAGUCACUGGGUCUAUGCCAACGAGGAAGUGAGUGACGCUGACAUGAUGGAGCUGGUCCACAGCUCCUUGGGCCGCAUGACGCUCAUCCGUCAGGUGUUCCCGCUGUGGAGGGACACCAACGCCCGCUGCAUGAGGAACAAUCACCGCAUCUCCUCGUUGCUGUGUGACCCCCAAGAAGGCUAUCUGCAGUCCCUAGAGGUGUCCAACCUCUACCUUUACGACAGCGUUCUGAUGCUGGCCACCGCCUUCUACCGGAAGCUGGAGGACAGGAAGUGGCACAGCAUGGCCAGCCUCAACUGCAUGAGGAAGUCCACCAAGCCGUGGAAUGGAGGAUGGUCCAUGCUGGACACCAUCCAAAAGGGACGCAUCAGCGGCUUGACAGGAUAUAUGGACUUUCGGGCGGAGGGCUCCAAUUCUCACGUGCAGUUUGAGAUUCUGGGAAGCAGCUACAGCGAGACCUUCGGUAGACGUCCCAAAUGGUUGGCAUCGUGGGACUCCAGCCGGGGUCUGAACGGAAGCUUAAAGGAGAGCCGGAUCGAGAGCGGCAUGGAGGGGGUGACGCUUAAGAUUGUCACCUUGUUGGAAGAGCCCUUUGUGAUGGUGGCAGAGAACAUCCUGGGACAGCCCAUGCGUUACAAGGGCUUCUCCAUCGACGUCCUGGACGCCCUAGCCAAGAUCCUGGGCUUUAAGUACGACAUCUACCAAGUUGGAGAUGCCAAGUACGGCUCGGCGCUCCCCAAUGGCUCUUGGAACGGAAUGAUUGGAGAACUCAUUGGAAAGAGGGCGGACCUGGCCGUGUCGGCCAUCACCAUCACCCCGGAGCGCGAGCGCGUUGUGGACUUCAGCAAGCGCUACUUGGACUACUCGGUGGGCAUCUUGAUGCGCAAGUCGGAAGAAAAAAUCAACAUCUUCUCCCUGCUGGCGCCGUUCGACCUGGCCGUGUGGGCCUGCAUCGCCGCCGCCAUCCCGGUGGUGGGCGUCAUGAUCUUUCUGCUCAGACGCAUCCAGGCCCUUCGUUGCCAGAACAGCGCGGGCGGCCACCCGCCGCCGUCGCCCUCCACCUCGCUGCAAAGCGCCAUCUGGAUCGUCUACGGAGCUUUUGUCCAACAAGGCAGCGACUCCAUCUUGGGCUCGGUGGCCCUGCGCAUCGUGAUGGGCAGUUGGUGGCUCUUCACCCUCAUCGUGUGCUCAUCUUACACAGCCAACCUGGCCGCCUACCUCACCGUCUCCCGCAUGGACAACGCCAUAAGGUCUUUCCAGGACCUGUCCAAGCAAGCAGACCUGGCGUACGGGACGGUGAGGGACUCGGCCGUGUACGAUUAUUUCCAAGCCAAAGGCACCAACCCCCUGGAGCAGGACAGCACCUUUGCCGACCUGUGGAAGACCAUCAACAAAAACAACGGGUUCCAUCACUCCGUCUCGGGCCCCGCCGAAGGCAUCAAGAAGGUUAAGCGAGAGUCGUACGCCUUCCUGUGGGACAUGGCGGUGGUGGAAUACGCCGCCCUGACGGACGACGACUGCACCCUGACGGUGGCCGGCAACGGCAUCAGCACCAGAGGCUACGGCGUGGCUCUGCAGCACGGCAGCCCCUACAGGGACCUCUUCUCUCAGAAGAUAUUGGAGCUCCAGGAAAAAGGCGAUCUAGACAUCUUGAAGCAGAAGUGGUGGCCAAAGAAGGGCCGCUGCGACCUGCAGAGCCACGCCGACGCCCAAACGGAGGGCCGGGCGCUGCACCUGCACAGUUUCGCCGGGGUCUUCUGCAUCCUGGCGGCCGGGCUGCUGCUGGCCCUGCUGGUGGCCGCCCUGGAGACCUGGUGGAACAGCAACCACUGCCGCCGAAAGGAGCCCAAAGAGGACAAAGAGGUAAACCUGGAGCAGGUCCACCACCGUUUAAACAGCCUCCUGGACGAAGACCUGGCCCACAAGCAGCUGCCGGGUCAGUCCAUCGAGAUCUCGGCCCUAGACAUUGGCAGCAUGCAGCCCAGCCAGUCUCUGGAGGUCUUGUCGGCCCGGGAGUACCCCGCCCACCGGGGGCCGCCGCCGCUCUCGGUCAGCACCUUCCUCCGCGAGGGCCACGGCGCCGGCAGGACACUGGGCGCGGCGGGCGGCCGGACCCUGCCCCUGCCCCUCAGCAGCGCCACCAUGCCGUCCAUCCGCUGCAAACACCGGGCUCCCAACGGGGGGCUCUUCCGCCAGAGCCCCGUCAAGACGCCCAUGCCUAUGUCCUACCAGCCCGUGCCGGGAGGAGCCAUCCCGGAGGGGGAGGCCAGCCACGGGACCUCCAUCUGAGCGCUCCGGCUCACUCGCAUAAACAGUGCCAAUGUUGUGGAGAGAUAUAAAUAGAACCUGAAAAUCAAGAGAGAAAAAAAAAAAACUUUUUAUCGACCAGUGGUGAGGCGACACAAGAAAUGACCGAGGAGACUCUACUGUACAUAUUUAACUAUAGAGAGGGCAGAGCGACAUUACAAAGUGUAUUUUGAAUAUUCCCCAGAGUUGAGUUUAAAAAAAAAAAAAGCAGAAACGUAUUUGGAAACGAUGACUGUUUGGAUGGCUUUGUAAAUUUUUGUUCUCCACAAAUAAAGGUGACAAUUUUUUUGUGGUUGUUUUCUAAGUGCCAAGUUCCACUUCCGUUUUCUUUCAGAUAACUGAAUGUAUUGUGAGAAAUCAUGAUCAACAAAGACAUUUUACACUGGGAAGAAAAAAAAAGACAUUUCAAUGACUGAUUUGUUUC